GCCCUCGCGUCGUGGACAAUGGAUCUGCUGCGCACCGAGGAUGUGUCCUUGUCGCAAAUGGCCCUCUACGGCUUUGUCUCCUUCGUGAUUGUCUCUCUGCUGUGCGUCCUCAUCUACGUGACCUGCUCCAAGUCGUACAGGCUCAAUUGGUUUGAGAACAACCUCUUGGAGACGGUCUCUGAGCACGGCGACAUCGCCCAGAGCCAGGAGGCGCUCAUCAGCUGCAGCACCUCGUGCCUCGAGGCGGGCGCCGAGAGUGGGCGCCAGGGCGACGGAGAUCCCACGUUCUGGGUGCCUAUUGCCAGGGCCGGCCGCUCAGACGCCCCCAACUCCUCGGCCGCCUCCGACGACAGCCAGCUGCCGACGCCCACAUCUCCCGCCGAGAGCAACCGCUCGGUGGCUUCCAGCACCGUGCCGAUCGCCCGCAAUGACAAGCAUGUGGUCCUGGCCACGAGUCCCGCCCGCCUCAAAGUCUCCUCCAUGCAGGCCAAGCUGGAUCACACGAAAAUCGAUACGUCGCUCUAUGACACGGUCGCCUCGCCGACGCCUAGCGUCUCAAGCACGGAGAACACCCACGGCGUCGUGCAUCUCACCCUACUGUACGACCCAAUUGCGGGCAUCCUGAGUGUGCGCCUCAUCGAGGCGCAGGAUCUCCAGCCGCGCGACUUCAGCGGCACCGCCGAUCCCUACUGCAAGAUCCGCCUGCUGCCCAACAAGACCAACGUGUGGCAGACACGGAUCCACAAGAGGACUCUCAAUCCCGUCUUCGACGAGGACUUCGUCUUCGAGGAGCGCCCGGCAGUCAUCGGGCGGCGAACGCUGGAGAUUCUCCUGUACGACUUCGACGCCUACUCGCGGCACAUGAGCAUCGGCAGCGCCCAGAUCUCGCUGGCCCACGUCGAUCUGUCGGACAAGGUGGAGCUCUGGCGGCCUCUCACCUCCUGCACUGAGCGGGACGCCAAGGUGGAGCUGGGCGAUAUUAUGGUCUCGCUGUCGUACUUGCCGUCCGCCGAGAGGCUCACGGUGGUGAUCAUCAAGGCGAGAAAUCUGCGAGUCGUGGACGACAGCCGCAACUCCUCAGAUCCCUACGUCAAGGUGAGCAUCCUGCAGGGGGGAAAGAAGCUGAAGAAGCGGAAAACCGGCGUGCAGCGCGCCAACAUCUGUCCAGUCUUCAAUGAGGCGCUGAUCUUUGAUAUUGCGAAAGAUACUCUCAAGUCGUGCUUAAUUGAGUUCAUUGUCAUGCACGACAGUCUCUUGGGGCCAAAUGAGCCGCUGGGCCGCGCCGUGAUCGGCAACACGACGGACGUGCGGGUGGACGAGAGGAACUUCUUCGAGGAGAUGUUCAGGACCAAGUCUGCCACGGCACAGUGGAUUCCGCUGUCUGAGCCUAGCGUCAGUGUCUAAGAUCUGCAGCAAACUAAUCCAAUUUUCCACGCCUCGACGCGUCAAUUGAUGAUCCAUCGCACUUUCUCGCCUCCUUUUUCUACGCCAUCACCAGGGUCUUACCAGCCUCCCCACAUUUUAUAUGCAUAUUAUACAUACGAGAAAUGAGAGGAGAUUACUAUUACAAUUGUGUGUCAUAGAGACAAUUAUUUAUCAUGUAGACAUGAAAAUUAAUGUACAAAAGCGGCACAAAUGAUGCUGUUAACCAUUAAAGAGAGUAGAAGAGACAAGAGAACAUGGUUAUUGAGACUUCUCGUCAAGAAUUCAUUACGAAGCAUCGCGCGAUUCACGAGAAAACUCCUC